AGUUCGCUAACGGAUUUCGCGGAGCAACCAUCGCGUUUCACCCCUUCCCACAACCCCUCGCGUAAUGUAAACACGCCAAGUUUCUAUUCGUGCGAAAAUGAUGAGUGAAAAUUAAAGUGAUCGUAAAGUUAACAGUUAUUUUUUACGAAAAAGAACCCACGUGUAAUCGAGCCGAAGCCAUCACGCAAAAAAAAACUUUAUUAAGAUAAAACGUAAUUUCUUUUUCGCUUCAAAAAGUUUUCGUCGCACAAAAUGGGAAUAAAAAUGGUUUUUAAUGUAUACUGAGAACAUUAGGUGACUCUUAUCACGCGACCUCAGUUUUCAUGACGUAAAACUUUAUUUAUGGUAUAUUAAGAUAAUUUUUUGAUCGCAAUUUGAUUCUAUGCCAUGAAAGUAGUUACAUUCAAAAUCAAAGUGUUUUAAAAUGGACAUGACUAUAUUUUCAUGGUGAAAUAAUAAGUAAACUGUGUGGUGAAAAACAGUGAAGUGUUAUGUUUUGGACACAUAAUGUGAAUUGAUGUACGUUUAACAAUGUGGACGGCAGAACUGAGUUGUAUCUUCAUAUUAUUCGGUGUGUCAGCCGGCGGCGGAGGUUGGGAACCUCUAGGGCAGCCGUACUUCGACAAUAGUACGAAGCGCGAAGCCACCGCUGCUGUUGGACAGCCUGCGUAUUUACACUGCAAAGUCCGAAAUCUGGCUGAUCGAGCGGUAUCCUGGAUUCGAAAACGAGACCUGCACAUUCUCACGGUCGGCGUCCACACGUACAGCAGUGACGCACGUUUUGCCGCGUUACACGCCGACGGCUCCGACGAGUGGACGCUGCGAGUGUCGCCAGCGCAGCCGCGCGACUCCGGCGCCUACGAAUGUCAAGUCUCAACUGAACCUAAAAUCAGUCUCUCCUUUCGACUCACGGUUGUCGUGUCAAAGGCCGAGAUAUUAUCGGGACCCGAGCUGUUCGUCAGGGCCGGUUCAGACAUCAAUCUCACUUGUGUCGCGAAACACGCCCCUGACCCACCGAGCUUUAUUUACUGGUACCGAGGCGAGCAGGUGGUAAAUUACGCACAGCGAGGGGGCAUCAGCGUAGAAACAGAACAGCGGACGAGAACAAGUCGACUCCUCAUAGCAAGGGCUUCGCCGCACGAUUCAGGGAACUACACUUGUGCACCGAGUAGUUCUGAAUCGGCCUCAGUCAUAGUCCACGUGCUGAGUGGGGAAAGACCAGCAGCAAUGCAGAGUUCGGGGUCAACGCCUCCGUCUUUGAACAACGGUAUCCUCGUCACCACGGUUGCAAUCACCACUCUCGGAAGACCACGGGUGCUCCUUCUCUUCAGCCUCCUGAUCAUCAUCACUUACUUAUUUAUCGCCCAUUUAUUAGCCGUCAUAAAAGCAACCAUUACUCUAAAGAAUAAAACGAUUUUUACAAUGUCUUCAAGAUGACCAAUUAGCGUUUACGCGUCUUCCAAUAAGUUCUGAACAACGAGGAAGUUAUAUGAUAAUAUCUACUAUAGUUAAUAAAACACGCUCCGUGCAUUCUACUCGUUAGAGGAAAACUAUUGAGCCCAAACUCGAUGAGAUCAUUUGCUACCAUGUAGAAUUCCACCUGUCGAGUUCAUCCUUUGACCAUAACGAUAUAACCUAUUGUAUUUUUUUGUGAUGUACACACAUUUGAUGUUUAACAAUAUUUAUUAAAACCACAAUAGAGUAAGCAGAUGAAACUAGAAUUGAAUGAUUCUGAUACAAACACGCAUACAUGAUGAGACGUAUAUGUGAAAAUGUUAAGAAAAUGUAAAGUAUAUAAAGGAACAAUGUGAACAAAAUAUUCGUACCUAUAUAUUUUGACAAUGUUGUCUUUAAAUUGAGAGGCUUUAGCAUUGCAAAUACAACGAUUUAAAUAAAUAAGCUUAAACUUUUCUUCGAAAAUUAACGGCAUUGUUGUCAAUUCAACGAAUCCAUUCUUAUAUUUUACGUACAAUUAUUUUUUUGAAGUAAAUUUCUUUAUAAAAGAUCUUUAUAUUAAGUAAUAGUUCUGAUUGAAUUAUAGGUCUGUGGAUUUAUUGUUAUGUUUCGCGAGUCGUAGACAUAAUUAAUUUAGCGUUUAUAUUUUUUUUAUUUUAUCAUAAUCGAUGUUUCGAAUUGUUUAUAGAUUUUGUAUAUUGAGCCAAUAGCUAAUCUAAUCGCGCAAUCAGUAGGCAAUCGACAGUCGAUAAUAUUCGUUUUUUUUUUGUCUAACUACCUUCAAUCGUUGUCUUACUCCGGUGCCGGGAUUAAGGCUGAAUCGAUUUCGUUAUGCCGUAACCGAGUGAGCCCCGAUUCAAUCGAAGGGAGAGCCUUAUCUACGCGUUACGUAUCUUAGCUCGGUUGCUCUCUUAACCACAUUAUUUGCGUUCUAUCAAGCCGGAUAAACAAAUCCUCGAGUGCUCUGAACCUUACUCCACGCUCAUCGAGCUGUUAAUCCCUUUGCCAUCUUAUUCUUUGUUUACUGUUUCGUGUUAUAACGACUUUAGUUCCUUAAUAAAGGAAAUUAUCUAUAAUGAUCUGUAAACUUUACAUUAGAAUUAUAAAAUAACAUAGAUACGAAAAAUAACAUACAAUUACAAACUACUUUAACUGAAUUCUUCAAAUUCUUAUUCAAAAGUUUAUUGAGAAGAUCAGUUUGAUUACUUAAACUGUGAACUUACUAGAUUGAUGAAAUGCAAUCGUAAAUGCGAAAUUUAUUGCAAUGACUCAAUUACGGAACCGUUUGAUCCUCAAACGAUACCAUCCUCGGUGCGCUCACUCGGGAAACGAGUUCGCAAUUUAUCCGGCUACCCCUUCAUAUUUUUCAUAAAUAACGAUUUGAGGAGUACCUCGCUCAUAGGAACACGCUUUGAGCAAUCUAUAAAAUGACUCCUCCGUAUAAAACUCAUAUUUUCGCUGUGAUUUAGAGACGAAUUUAUUUGUAUCUAAAGGAAUAUAGAAAAACUCUUCAACUGAUAGUUUCUGUGGUAACAGACGAAGAAAGUAAAAUUAGUUUUUAUUAGUUGUAAUGAAAUUUGCGACUCAAUACAACACUGAUUACUUAGGAGAACAGUUUGAUUAAAAACAUAAUAGCUUCGCAGUUUUUUCUCUCAUGCUUAUUUGAUUCAAAUCGUAAGCAUUACUAAAUCUGUCUUUCACCAUGUCUUACUUCGUUAAUAUCUAAUACAAAAUAUUUACAAUGUGAUGAUGUUUACAAAUUUAAAGUCCUCAAAGAAAUAAGGACGCUUAAUCAAUUAAUUGCUGCAUGUUUUUUUAAGCCUCGCAAAGUAAUCUUGCAAACUUCCGACAUUUUAAAAGCAUUUCUCCAUUCUUUGUUACCAAAUGUCGUUCGAACAAAGUCUGUGGCGUAAUAAAAAGACUUUGUCAAAGUCUACGGUCGGGGUUGUUUUAUUGCCAAAAUAAAGGCGUUGCUCGCGAAAACUUCGCCAGUGACGAGAAGCGGAUUAACUAGACACCAAAGUAUUAUCAUCCAAGUUCAUUUGAUACGGAAUCUGCCAGAUUGGCGCGGGUACAGCUUUCGGCGAGUUUUGUUUUAUUGUCCUUUUGCCUUUGUCACAGUUUACUUCCCGAUAUUUAUAUUGACAUGAGAAAAAAAUCAUCUCUUUGAAGAAACUUAUUGAUCAAAGAGAUUUUGUUAAAUGUUGAUGUUUGAAGACCAUGCGCUUAAAAAAAUUCUUUAAAGACGAAUAAAAAUCUUUCGGAGAUUAAUCUCGAGUCAAAGACGAAACAAUCUUUAGUCUGUAAAUUUUUUUUUGUAGAUUGUAAAUAUGAACUAUCUUAAAGUUGUAUCUUUUUAUUAUAUAUAAGAAAACAAAAUUAUUUUAAUAAUUUGUGUGUUAUCCUCUAAUAAUUAAAGUAUUUUUUCCAAUGUUAGUGUUGUUGUAAAUACUAGUGUACUACACUAAAAACAGUCUUGUAAAUAUAGUACCUGUGUA